GCAAAAAUUUUUCGCACGCGAAGAAAAUUUUCCGCAGGCUUCGCGCGCAAACUGCGCCAAAUUUGAGUCGCUUUCGCGCGAGAAAGAUCACGAAACUCACUUCCGCGCGCGAAGUGUCACUAAUUUUUUGUACGCGAAAAAUGUAUUAGCUACGUGAAAAUAUAGUUUACCUUGAAAUAAAUAGAUUGUAAUAGUCACAUAACCUCUACAGAUUCACUACUGAUUACGAUUAAUAGUGUCGAUGAAGAAUGCUGUUGCACGAUACGUGUUGUAUGUACACAUACAUACAGUGUAAACUAGGCUAGAAACGUUGGCAAAACAGCUGACUUUCUCUUGAACUAAGAAUUGAAAUACGCGAAUUUAUUUACAUGAUUUACAUAGGCAGUUUAUUUGGCUGUAAGAUUCAUGUUUUUUAAAAUUUUUUGGGGCGAUUCGAUUGAUCUAUUUGCAAAAGUGUAUAAUAUGAGUUUUUUUGAAUUUUCCGCGCUACCGACUGAUACCUAUAUAUCAGCAGUAGAUACGGUCUAAGCGCAGCGCCAUCUGCAGCCGACUGCCAUUGUGAGCGUUUUGUCAUUAUGUUCGUGUGUUCUUGUCAGUGCGUGCGGAGGCAGAGCUUUCAUAUAAACAAUAACAUUGAUCUUCCUUUUCUGUAUUUACAAGCUUAUACGAUCAAUAGGGGUUAUAAUAUCUCGUAGGGUGUAAUAACCCCAAAUCCAAAUUAAAAACAUUGGAUCAUGAUCUCUGCGAUAUAUAUCUCAUAUAAUAGCACGCUGCACGCAUGUGCGGAGAGCGACAUAAUAUUAAAUACAAAUGGCGCACAUAAUGUCUAUACAGAUAUACUAGAAUAUAUCUAGGACUACACACCGCCCGCUGAGCGGUGAAUGGAGCGCGCGGCGGACCAAUCAGCAUCAAGGCGGGAAAUUUCCGACGCACAAGCGCGCGUAGCUGAUAUCUAUAUAGGUUAUAAAAAUAAAGCCUCUUUCUCUCCUGUCGAUCGAUACAGAGGCAGAAAGGAGCGAAAAAAAUGUAAAAAAACUCUAUUGCUCAAACGCGAGUAAAAUAGUGUAUAAAUCUCGAAGAAAGAGCAGAGCAAUAAGGAGACUUGGAGGUUGGGUAUGCUAGCGGCAGCCCGCCAAGCUGGCAGAACAUGGCGGCGCGUCCGAGUAUUUCCCGCGCAAAGCCGUGCGUGUGGUAGUGGCGGACAGGCGGACUGUGUUACGGCGGCGGCGGCGGCGGCGGCGGCGGCGGCGGAGGAGAUUCAUCAUCGUCACACACGGCUCUCCCUCGUCUCUCGAGCAGGUAGUGCGCGGCGGUGAGCCAUCACUAUACAUCACUAGUGCGCGGGUGUGUGUGUAUGUGUGAGUCAAGUGUGCGUGGGCAGCGGAGUCUCUGCGACGCUCCAGGAAGCUAUUCGUCGAACGGUGUUCUCCUCUCGGCUUGUUGUGAUUUCCCGACCGCUUUUCCGAGGACAAAGUUUGGGAGCGCGUAACAGCGCAGCGGCCAGACAAGAUGGGGCAGUCCGACGACAUCGAGGACGCGACGUUCAUGAAGCACCAGGAUCUCUGCCAAAAGCUCAACAUGGACGCGAGCGCGGCCAGCGAGGCCUGGAAAUCUUACGAGAACAUCAGGCAGCACUACACGCUCGAGGGCGACCAGCUGCAUUGGAUUGGGUGUGCUCUGUACGCUGCAUGUCGCAAAGCUACCACCCCCACUGUAGGCAAAACCGGAGCAAACAUACAGGGCAACUGCGUCUCCUUUACGAGGCUUCUCAGACUCUGCAACUUGCCUCUCAUAGAGUUUUUCACCAAGAGUAAAGCAUGGGCGGAUAUGUGCAACAUGCCCCAGGAUUUUGGCGCCAGGAUUGACACGCUGCAAAGAAACUUUUCUGUUUCAUCGGUCAUAUUUCAGAAGUAUCAGCCCAUUUUCAAAGACAUUUUUAAGAAUCCUGCUGACGACUUGGGCAAACCACUAAGAUCACGAAGACACAAAGCUGUACCCUGUACACCUUCUAGAUUGUUCGAGUUCUGCUGGUCACUUUUCAUCUGCAUCAAGAGCAAGAUAUCGGCUAUUUCAGAUGACCUCGUGAAUUCUUAUCACUUGUUGUUAGUAUGCUGCGACUUAAUGUACAGCAAUGCUCUGUUAGCCAAUGGGAAAGAGCUAUUGAAUCCUGAUUUUCCUGGACUGCCAGAAAAUUUUAGCGAUGAAAACUAUACUCCACCGGAGACUGCAAACUGUAUUGUGAGUUUGCUCUGUGAGCGUUACAAUGCCAUAGCUGUUGAGGCUAACACUAUCAAGGAGUAUUCCUUGAAGCCUUACUUGAGAAAACUUUUCAAUGAGAGAGUUCUAAGAGGUGAUCCUUCCAACUAUUCAGGAAUUCUGGAGGCUUUAAACUUUGAUGGAAAUAACAAAGCCAUAAAUAAAGCUUAUGAACAGCAUGUACUUAGCGUUGGAGAUCUGGAUGAAAGAAUAUUUUUAGCUGAAUGGAGAAGAGCAAGACUAGAGGGUGUAUCACAUUUUCAAGUUUGUGAUGGAGAAAUAGCUAGAUCUAUGCUAUCAAAAGGACCUGAUUCGAACUCCAAUAUAGGCUCAUCUCCCUCAAAAAUGAUAAAUAUGACUGAUUUACAUGAGCAGUUCCAAUCCAAAAAGGAGCAACUAGGAACGAUGCAGCAUUGGGCUCCUCCAACACCUUUGACUGGACGGAAGUAUCUCAAAGCGAAAGACGUCACGAAUACAGCUCCAAAUGCGAACCCUACGCAAAGUGUCAUUCGCCUACAAAGUCUUUUAGUAGGAUGUCAGGCUCUGCCAUCAGAAAAACUUUUGGAGAUGUUCAAAAAUCGUUCUCCAGACAUACAGACUUUUGUGGAUUCAAAAAUUCAGGAUUUUGGAAAGAUGUUCUGCGAGGCAUACUCGCCUAAAGUGACUGAACAAGCUGAGAAUAACUGUAUAGAUUACGGGAAGAAGCGUUUGCAGUCUGCACAAACGCUUUUCUAUAAAGUUUUAGAAUUAGUUUUAAAUGAUGAAAUGUCAAAAAAACCAAACUUUGAUGUGACGAUUCUGCUAAAGAAUCACGAUUUUCUUCAAUGUUUAUUCGCAUGCUGUUGCGAAAUCGUGCUUUAUUCGUACCAUUACAAGGAAAGAACUUUCCCAUGGAUUCUCAAAGCUUUAAAUAUAGAAGCUUACUUAUUUUACAAAGUGAUCGAGGUCAUUGUCAAAGUAGCCGUUGACCAGUUAACUCGUGACAUGGUCAAGCACUUAAAUCGUAUCGAAGAAAUGAUUCUCGAGUCUUUAGCCUGGAAAUCUGGCAGUCCUCUGUGGAGAGCUCUUAAAGAUUGCGAUGAAGGUGUUCCCUCCUACGAAGAUGUCGCUCUUCCCGGUACAUUUGAUUUAGUUGACCCAAAUGCACCAGGUCAACCUGUUCUCAGAAGAAUCCACAUUGACAGAGGAGCAGCACAUCAUGAUGUUGUCCAAAGUCCCAUAUCCUCUGCUUCCGAGAGGUUCCAGUCUCCGAUACCUUCAGGACUCGCCAAAAAGCGCCUCUUCUCAGAUACCAAACCGGGCGGCGCCCAGAGUGUUCUGAAAGCCGGCGGACAGAGUUUACUAUCACGACUCACAGAUCAAUCUAACCCCACGAGAAAUGGUGUCGGACCUGUGUCGAGCACCCCGAUUGCCACCGUAAACCGUGACCAGAGCAAGCCGCGUCGCACUGGUUCGCUGGCUCUGUUCUUCAGAAAAUUCUAUAAUCUUACUAUCACACGAAUGCAAAAUUUGUGCCAGUCGCUCGAAAUCACAGAUAUUGAUCUCAAGCGUAAAAUUUGGACGAUAUUCGAGUAUUCAGUAAAAGAGCGAACACAUCUCAUGAAAGACAGACACCUCGACCAGAUUCUCAUGUCGGCGGUCUAUGUAAUCUGUAAGGUCGGCAAGAUUGGCAAGAAUACUUUCACGGAAAUUAUGCGUUGCUACAGGUUCCAACCGCAAGCCGAGUCACACAUCUACCGUUCGGUCCUUAUAUCUACAAACAUCGACGACAACUCUGAGGCAGCUUUGGAGAACGGCAGCAACAGAAACAGCCAGACAAACAACACGUGUCCGCCCACGCCGUCAGACAUGGCCAGCACCUCGCGUAUCUACGGCUCUGAGGAACGCGGCGACCUUAUCAAGUUCUACAAUACGGUCUAUGUACCAGAGGUAAAGGACUUUGCAAAGAAGCUUGGCCUCACCGAGGGUAGCGUCACGAACCUCACACUGAGUCCACUCCCUCGGGGCAGGACGAUAACUCACAUCAGCUCGCCAGUCAGGCGUGUUACCGAUAGUGUCAUGACGCGUGUACUGGAUCCCAAGGAAAUUGCCGCGUCACCAGCACCUCAAUUACAUUAUUGCUUCAAUCGGAGUCCGGCUAGAGACUUGGAAUCGAUCAACAGAAUGAUGACGUCAAUCGACGCGCGAAGAUGCGUAGGAAAGCGAUUACUUUCCGAUGACACGGAGAUCCCAUCCUCGCUAUCAGACAAUGAGCCAGCGGGUAAGAAAAUGAUGAUAAACGCGACAACGUGCGUCGCUCGAAAACUGGAGAACAUUAUUGACGAUCGUCGCACGCAGAAUCAGUAGACGAUUCAUUGACUGACGGACAGUACAUAGUGCCGACCACGUACCACGUAGUGGAUGGUUGAUAUUUGUUAAUUUGCAAAGUAAAUGUAUUGCGAGGAAAGAGCUUAUACACAACAAGCUAUUAAUUCGUUUUAACCAUAAACUCUUGCCUCGAAAGUACUUGCAACAUAUUUCGAUUAUCAAGUCAUCGCUACCCUAAUGUUGUGGAAUGAGUCAGAGGUAGUGAUCCUCUAGCGUUUUGGAUGAGGAUUCGGAUUUCGGCUGAAACCGUUCCGCAUGAGUCGCACCUGUGAGCGACUCGCUGCGCCAAAUGUAAAUCGGUUGCGCGUCGGCAAUACUGCCAAAACAGAAAUGCGUGAUGCAACAAACAAUUGGCUAUUUGAAUUAACAGAACAUACAGGAAGUCCUAAAUAGAACGAAGAAAUGGAGCCAUUGCUGAUUGUAAUAAUGUGAUUUAUUGAUUAGAAUUCUUUUUUAAAAGAAUGAAUUUGAUAGAAAUUUUAGCUAAUAAGGCGAAUCUCGCGCUCUCGCGAACCACUUGAAGUACAAGAGCGCCUCUUAUUCUUCUCGUGGUAUAAGAAUGGACGUUUGAAAAUUACUGACGUUUUUUCAAAUAAAAUCAGUCGAGCUCAGUUCUUUUGAACGAAAUACGGUGCAACUUUGAUCCACUCAUUUUUUAAAGGACUCAAUCAAUUCAAGUUUCCACUCCGGAAUACGACUGUUUAUAAUCAUUAGUUUUAAUGUCUUUCACUUUAAUGAAUCGAAAGCGACUCUUGCUCAUCAAUUUCCAAAACUGGACUCCCAUGUUAACUUGAAACCAAUUAUUCUAAUAGGAAUCACGCAAGUUGUAAACAAUAUCUUUUAGGGAAAUCAAGAAGUGUUUGAAAAAAAGUCAACAUUUAACAGGUUAUAAUGUAAUAUGGUUAAACGGCCUCCUUAAGUGCUUGUAGAAUAUAUUAUAAUGACGUAAUAAUUAAUUAACUUGAACGUUAAGUUGUAGUUGCAAUGCAUAAGGUGCUUUAUCUUGGUUAAUAAUAAAAGUUUUAGUUUUUCAUUAACUUUGUAGCACAACAUAAGGCAUACUUUUUUGUCUUUUAUUUUUGCGCUAAUUAUAUUUGACCAUUUUAUGGCGGUGAUUCACCUUAUAAUUUUAAUUAACACAAUUUCUUAUUUUAUAAGUUUACAUAGAAUUACGGUAAAUUUAGCAGAGAAAUUGUUAGAGCUUGAACAUGCAUUUUUACCAUCACAUAAACAUAUUUUUAAUCACAAAAUAAAUCAUGACUAUAAAAUCAAUAAAUUUUCAGAAGUUUAAUUGACGGUAAAAAUUAAAAAUAAUAUUUAAGCUGUAACAAUUUAUUUAAUGUUAUUAAUGCUUAGCCCAUCAUUAAUAUAUCAUAAUAUAUAUGGUAUUAGAAUAUAAACUUUAUACUUCUGCACUGAUUAAUUGAGAGUAAAUUUCUUUAAAAAAAAGUCUUAACAAACUUGGCAUUAAGCAUAUAGAAAUUGAAAUUUGAAGGUGGCUGUUUUAGACGGGCAAAUAUUACAUAUAUGGAUGUAUAGUUUAUGAUUAUCAAACUGAAUGAAUACAUCAUAUUUAAUACACUCGAAAAAUUUAAUUGAUGUCUACUUUCAUUGAAAGUAUAGUUCUAAUCUAAAAAGUUGAUUUGAAUGUGGAAAUCGUUAUUUUAAAGGUUUAGUUAUAAUUAUAGUUGUAAUGCUGACUGUGGAUGAUGAUUUGAGAGAGAAUGUGCCAAAGGGACUGCUGUAAAAGAUUUCAAGUUUUCUUUUCCUGUAGAUUUUUAGUCUAAAAUGAAGUCUGUAGUUACUACUGAAUAUUAGCAUGAGCUCACCGUUUCACUUAAUGAAAUAACUUUAUACA